GGACCACGCCUCUGGCUCGAGGUCUGGAUGAAGCCCAUCUGUUAUAUUAGAUAAGCUAAUUCUUCUUUAACUAUCCUGGUACUUCGUCUGUCCAUCCUUGGAGAGGUUCCCUCCUUCAUAUGAACAUCCCUGAAGUUCCUUCUUUUUUCUCCCUGGAAUCCGGAUUUUUGAGGUUUUUUUUUUUCCUUACCAAGGAGGAGGGUCAAUUUAGUUUAGUCUGCUUAGAUUAGUUUAGCAAUUGGCUAUUUAUAUUUUAUGACUGACUUUCUGUUUUUGUGCAAUUACUGGUGUGAAGCCCAUUGAGACAACUGUGUUGUGAUAUUGAAAUAAUUGUGAAACUGAAAUUAAUAGAUUCUAUCUCUUUUUUGUGUCAAAAAAAUGCUUAAGAAACUGGAACCUGUUGAUUUUCAUGCUAUUGGAUUCCUGCCCCCCCCCCCAAUAAAUCAGCAAUGCUUUGUUUCAAAGUCACAUGACCAAUAUCAUUUUAAAGUCCUUUUUCAUAGGAACUGCAUCCCCCAAGUAAUUAUUUCUUCUUUGCAAUAUUUAGCACUUUUAUUGUGUAGAGUGCAUAAACUAAAUGUCAACUGUGGUACCGACAUGUUCAUGUAAACUUGCUUUAGAUAUUAUAUUUGUAAAAAUUCAUGAAAAGUUUAUAAAAAUGUGAGUUGAAUAAGGUUUAUGGUGACCGUUCUGAUUUAGCACGUUACCCAAAAAUUGCCUAAAUAUCAACCAUGUUAUAUCUGUCAACUGUGUACAAGUGUUUUUGAGCUAUAAAUCUGUUAUGUUAGAUGAAAUGGAACCAAAAAAGCCUAAUUGGGGAUAUAUCUGGAGAGAUAAAAUAUGUUAAAUAAAUCCACAUUCAGUUUUAUCUGCUGAAAAGAAGUUUAAUCAUCAAAGAUCCUAUAAAAUCACCAUUGUGAAGCUCAAAUGUCACAUUUUCAGAUCAGGUAACUCUAAAUAUCUUGCUAAUACACGAACACGUUCAAACUAAUUAGCUAUCAAAUGUUUGUGUUUUGCAUUGUAUUCAAUUUGCCGGUAAUAAAUAUUCAUUUUUCAUAAAAAGAAAAAAAAAAAUCAACAUUCAUUUGAGUUUACGCUUGCCAAAUAAUUCAUUUCACACAUUAAGGGUGUAUUUGAUCAAAAAUGAAAAUUGAUCAUUUAAAUUCAUGCUUGACAUGAACUGUACCCCUAUUUAUGGAAUGACUCGAUAUUCUCGUUCAUAAACGUUCCCUCACGUCUGUUUUAUAGAUUCAAAUAAAGUUUCCUCAUUGGUGAGAAAGAAUGACGCGCGCGACCUUUUUACCUUCGAGAGGCGCGAGCAUCUUGCUCCGGUUGGGCAUGCGGCCUUUGGGGGACUGAUGAUGAGAAUGCUGAUGCCAUGGCAACCGGUCGAUGAUAUCCAAACCCUUUUUUUCCUCUCUGUGCACAAUUAUUCAUUUGGCAUGCGCCGUGUGCCUUCAUAAGUUUGCAGAACAUGAAGAGGACUUCUUCUAAUCGCAGCAGCGGAGGAGACGUGAGCGCUCAACAAGUAGUUUCUUCUCUUUGUUUGAAGGGAGACUUUGGGAAAUCAUCGGAACGCACCAGCGCGUGAUGGAACAUCGUGUAUUUUCUCUGCGUUUUGCGUGUGCUGAAUGCCAAAAAGAGGAGGAAAUGCGAACGGAAUUCAGUUGAAAUCCGACCACAAAGGGACUUCACGCGGCGGAUGGUUUUCCCUUCAGACAAGUUGAUUCCAGCAUCACUUUUUUGUCUGAGCGCUUCUGCGUCUGUGCGCAUUUCUUCGCCGUGAAGGUCGCGUUUCCUCCCCGGAUCCCUCACAUGCCCGCGUGUCGUGGACUGCGCGGGUUACACCGGGGUUAAUGUGACUCCAUCCCGCUCUGCGCUUUUGUGCGCGUUUCUGGAUGAAUCGGCGCGCCUCGGAGUGUGAGCGCCCCGCGCGCGCGUGUCCCUUUAACGUGCGUCUCUGAUUGCGCGUGUCAUUAUUUUCCAUGUGUUUUUAUCAGGGGAGUCGGUGUUCUUCAGAGUGAUCUUCGGAUGAAUGCACCCCCUCCCCUCCCACCUACGCCCCAAAAAUCUCUUAUAUAAUGGCAUAUGCUGAUAAAACCGCAAAUUGGCUGCGCUCUCCGGACAUACAUGCCGCACAACCGAACGCGGGCGGCCAAUGAGAGUCGAGCACUCUUAAUAGACUCGGGAAGCCGGUGCCAACAUGACCGGCGUCGGCGCGGUGAAGGCGGCUGUGGAGAGGAGAGGGAGGGCCUCGGGCGGAGAGCGACGUUCCAAGGACGAGGAAGGAGGAAUGAUGGGGAAACAUCUGUGAGGGCGACGGAGACUCAACUUCAGCAGUUAAAGUGGGUCCGCGUGCGUCACGCGGGGAGGAUGAAGGACUCCGUGUCUUCACGGGGCCAUUUCCAAGGGCACAGAGGUAAGGAGACGAGGCGGAGGUGUGAGCUGUCCGCUCCGGCGCAAUGAGGCGCUCAGACGCGACUUCUUCUUGAGGCUGUGACAUUGACAUUUUCACCUAUCUAGAUUGAAACAAAAGCUUUCCUGAGGGGGGAGGGAGUGAGCCUACAGGUUAUUGCCGCCCUCCUCUCCCGGAGUUGGGAUGGAUGGGGUGGCAGGAGGUGCGCCUGGGAGCGGCGGGGGCUCGGGAGGUGACAGUCUGCCCAGGCGGAAUGGAGGGGACGCAAAGCGGCGCAGUAAAGGCAGCCUUCCCUCCCCGGGCUACCGGCUGUCCCAGGCGUCUCUGGAGGGGGAGAAGGGCUCCUUCGGGGCGGACGGCUCCUCCUCUAGCGCGCGCGGCCGCCGCUUCUCCAUCAUCAGCUCCUCCACCAGGGAUGGGAUCGCUUUCCGCACAGCUGGAACCCCGACCACCCCGCUGCCCCUUCCGCCACCGCCCACCUCCUCCUCCUCCGGCGCGCACCCCCCACCCCGCUCCGUCGGCUUUGCGUCCCGCGCCGCCCUGGCCUCCACCUCCUCCUCCACGGGGACCGGAGUCAUGGUGGUGGCCACCGGCGCGGAGACGACCACCACCACGGCUUGUAACACCACCGCGGGCACCCCAGAGGCGGCGGGUCAGUCCGGGCUCGGGGGGUUCGGGGGGUUCGGCAUGGGCUUGGACGGAGAGGACUACAGCAACUCCAACCAGAGCACCUUCAUCCAGAGACAGUUCGGAGCCAUGCUACUGCCGGGGGUCAACAAAUUCAGCCUGCGCAUGUUCGGAUCCCACAAAGCGGUGGCGAUGGAGCAGGAGCGGCUGAAAUCAGCGGGAGCCUGGAUCAUCCACCCGUACAGUGACUUCAGGUUUUACUGGGACCUGCUAAUGCUAUUAUUGAUGAUGGGCAACUUAAUCGUCCUUCCAGUAGGCAUCACGUUCUUUCGGGAUGAGAACACUCCCUCGUGGAUCAUUUUUAACGUGGUCUCUGACACUCUCUUCAUGGUUGACCUGGUUCUCAACUUCAGAACUGGCAUCGUCAAGGAAGACAGCACUGAGAUAUUGCUUGACCCAAGGGAAAUACGCCAGAACUACCUGAAGAGCUGGUUCCUCGUGGACUUUGUCUCCUCCAUCCCGGUGGACUACAUCUUUCUGAUGGUGGACAGUCUGGACUCUGAGGUAUACAGGACAGCCAGGGCGCUGCGCAUAGUUCGCUUCACCAAAAUCCUCAGCUUGCUCCGACUGCUCCGCCUGUCAAGACUCAUACGCUACAUCCACCAGUGGGAGGAGAUCUUCCAUAUGACCUAUGACCUUGCCAGUGCCAUGGUGAGGAUAGUAAAUCUGAUUGGUAUGAUGCUGCUCCUGUGCCACUGGGAUGGCUGUCUGCAGUUUCUUGUCCCUAUGCUGCAAGACUUCCCUCAUGAUUGCUGGGUUUCCAAGAACCUGAUGGUG